AUGCUUAGAGGAAACAAAGUUUAGAAUUCAUUUUGCUAAUCCAUCCCAUGCAUUAUUAGACCCACUUUGUAGAUGAAGAAACCAUUACUAUGGUUGAAUACUUAAUAUAAAGAAGAAGCAAGAUUGGACGACAUCAAAUUACCACAAUCAGUCAUCACUCAAAAAUUGAAGUUCUUAGUUAACAGAAAUGAUUUCAUUAAAGAGUUAAGCAAUUUCUCUUUGCAUUCCAUUCAAUCCUAAUAUUAUUAGAAAUCUUUGUAUGAUAUCUCUCAUUUUAUUGAUUAUUCAUAAUAAAGCAAUUAAAUACACAUGAAUGAAUAGGAAGCAUCAAUGUCUGGUUUGAAGUUAUUUUAAGUAUUCUCACCAGAACAAAUUCAACUGCUCAAAUUUCAUUUCAAUUAACCUUAAAGUAUCACCAGCAUUUCCUUUAUUGAUGGUGCAAUCAAUCUCAUUAAGAAUGUUCAUUCAUUUUAGGAUAGUUUGUUUGUAAACUUUGCAUCCAAUUUGUUUGAAUUGUUCUAUGAACCUUAGAACAACAAGAAGUCCAAAUAACAAGAUGAAAAAUUUAAAGAACUCUUCUAAGAAUUUGGAAUUGUAUUAUAUAAGUUUGAUUAUCUCUCAUAAUCUUAACCUCUGAACAUUGCCAAAAUUAUCGGACAAUUAUAUGAUUUGAUGAUCACAAACUCAAUUAAAUUGAAUGAUUUCACCCAUUAUCGUAAGACCGCCAACAACUUCAUUCAGAAGUAUUACGGAAUUCAAUCACACAAAAUGAUACAACCCAAUAUUGUUGACUACAAGAACAUUUUAUAUACAAUCUUUCUAAGUGAAAUCAGACCCGAAGCCUUGAUACAAGAUGCAGUCAAUAGAUUUGCCAAUUCUGGAAUCUAGAGUGGUUCCAUAUCUUCAAAUAUUGAUAUCAUGAGCAUGAUGUUAUUGCAUGGUGUUCCAUGUACUGAGAAUUUCCUUAAUAAACUAAAGAAUUCUAAAAGAUAGAGAUUGACAAUUGGAUAACUAUAUGUUUUAUUAAAAUGUUAUGAACUUGCUAAGGUACCUUUGUAUGAAUUCAGCUAAACUUUAUUUUUGGACGUUGUCAGUUUCAUUUCUCAUGAUAAAUAAUUGCAAGAUGGCAAUUCAGUAUUGAUGUUAGCAAGAAUUUGCAAUGAAUUGUUUUCAAGUUCCUUCAUUACAUCCAAGGUUGCUUAGGAAAGAAGAAAUGAUAAAAUUCUGAAUUUUCUUGAAAGGAAUGUUCAGAGACACAUUGAUCUACUCAACUUUAAUCAUUUACUUUUCAUUUCAAAUGUCUUCAAUAAACACUUGAAAUAACCCAAUUUCUUGAUUAGUUUGUUACAUGAGAAAUUGAGUGAAAUCAAAAUCAAUGAGUCCUCACUCAGUUUAUAUAAUGAUUUCCUAGAGAUUACUUAUGAAUUCUUCAAAGAAUAAUACACUCAUAUCAAAUAACAUGUAUUUGAUUUUGGACUUGCACCUUCACAAGAAUAUCAAGCAGUAACUAAGACUUUUGUUGAAAAUCUAAUCCAAUUUCAAUUCACAAGCAUACUAGCCACUAACAUUCUAAAGGUCGUAUCCUUAUCAUGUUUUUAAUUUGAAAAAUCAAUCAUUUUAAAACUCAUCUCUAAACCUAGUUUAUUUUCUAAUGAUGUCAAUCUAUUGACUAAAGUUAUGAAAUUAUACGAUAUCCCAAUCAAUCAGGAAAUCCUAAAUAUCAUCAUGAAUGGAAACAAAGAUGACUAGAUCAUGACCAUUGAAUCAAUCUAUUAUGUGUGUCAAAUGAAUAGUUUGACUUCCGAACAACAGGCCCAAUUAAAGCAAUUUGCUUAAGACAUUAUAUAUGCAUCAUUGGCAGAGAAUGAAUAAUACUUAGUUGAACAACGACAAAUUGAUGACUUCACACAUACAUACUCUUUGUAAAUCAAUCACUAGUCCUUUGAAUCAGUACAAUACUUCCCAGAAAUCAUCAACACAUUACAAAUAACUUUUGAAACUGAACAGAUUGCAAUCCUUAAUAAACUAUACGAGAGAACUUGUGUCCUCUGGAAUUCAGAUAUUCUAGUCAAGAAUUUGAUUUUAAUUGAUAAAAUGAAUAUUCUUAACUAUUAGAUAUAUAUCAAAUCAUCAGAAAAUCUCCUUAGUUGUUUCGAUUUAGUAAAGGAUGGCACAGAAGUCUUACCAUCAGGUUUACUUGCUGAUAAAAAAGUUUAGAUGUCUCUACUUAAAGCAUUCUUAUAGUAAAUCAGAAAUUCUACACAUCAAUUUUAGGAGAGUUUGAAAAUCUUAGGCUAUUUGGCAUAUAUGAAUAUUGAUUAGUUCAAUAAUGAAGAUGUGAUGUUAUUUUGCAAAGCCUUAGGUAAUACAAAGGAUGUAUACUUUUCCGAUUUACAAGUUUAUCUUGAAAAUUAUUUGACUCAAAACUAAUUACCAAAUGAAUCAAAUAUUAUUCAAUUCAGUUCAUUCUUUCCUUUUAUUCAUUUGAAAGUUCGUUAAUUAUUGAAAGAAAACUUUGAAAACAAUAAAAUAGAAAAAUUAUCUUUAGAGCUAUUAAUUGCUUCUUAAAAUCAAUAGGUUGGAAUUCAUUAAAUUGAUUAAUUAUUUGAACAAUUAGACAAUUAAGAAAAAUAGAAGUUUAUCAAGCCAAUUCUCUAGAAUUUAAUUUAAACUUGGGAUCUUAAAUGUUCUAUUGAUACAAUUAUAAGAUUUGCUUCAUAAUGUUAUGAAGAAUAAGACUCAGAAUUCAAAUUCAUUUACUAGGCCUUAGAAUUCCUUAAUCGAUCAAAAUCAUCCAUUUCAAUAAAGAUGGCUUAAGAUGAAACCUACUUUCAAUUGCAUUUUAAUUAAAAGAUAGUCGAUUCCGAAUUUGAAACCAAGGUCUAAGAAUUAUUUAAUGGCGUUGAUCUCAAAGGACUCAAUUUCAAAACCACUAAAGAGAAUGUUAAUUAUUUCCCUUCAAUUACAACUGAGAUGAAUUAUAAUUAAUUACCAAAAUACAAGGUUUCAAUGGUUAAAAAACAACCAAAAGCAAAGGAAGAGAUGUCUGAAGGAAGAGAUCAACUUUCAUACUUUUUGAAAACUCACAUAAAUAAUUUGUCUAUGUAACCUUAAUAUAAGUUUAUUGAUUCUUUUAUCUAUUUGAUGAUAUUGAAUGGAUUGGAAGGAAAACUAUACAAAAAGAAUUCAAAUGAUCAAGAGAGAUAAGAGAUAUUUGGAAUUCUUAGUGAAUAUGCAAACCAAUAUGGCAGAUUUAGAAAAUAAGUUUAGAUUUUUCAGUGGCAUUGA